GUUUGUUUGUUUAUUUUUUGCGAUUUCAAAAGAUGUUUUUAUUUCAAAAAAUCUUAUCAAAUAACUCGCUAAUAAAUGGACGAUCAACGACGAAUAGAAAUAACUCUCAAGAAUCCUAAUCCCACAUUUGAAAAAUGGCUAGAGCGUUGGCUGCAAGAAGCCAUCACCAAACGCCACAAAUCUGAGCAGAAAAUUCGCGAAGCUCUGGAAUCCCUCCGGCAAUUCCCGCUGCCGCUGGCUACAGGCAGAGAUUGUGCAAUUUUACGAGGAUUCGGUCCAAAACUAUGCGAUCUAAUUGACCAGGAACUACAGCAACUACGCAAAACUAAUCCUGAUUCGAUAUUACACACAACUGCUAGCACUUAUUCAAAUGACAUCAAAACCGUUGUAAAAUCUGUUCAAAAAUCUAAAAAUGCAUCGAAGGAAAAGAAGAAGAGAGAACAAACCGCCAAGCAAAAAGCCAAACAACUAGAAUUCGAAGAAUCUCAGGAACAAAUCAUAGCAAGUCCCGGUACUUUUCGCAUACUUCUACUUGUAGACAUUCAGGAAACAAAUGGAAAAACGAAGAAGACUUUCGACAAAACUCGGGCUUACAUUGAAAAACUUGAGAUCCCACACGAAGUUCGACGGCUCACAAUUGGAGAUUUCACUUGGAUAUGUCGUGAUGAGCGAGGCAGGGAACUAGUUCUACCCUACAUAGUUGAACGAAAGCGAAUGGACGAUUUUGCAAGCAGCAUUCGCGAUGGACGUUUCCACGAACAAAAAUUUCGACUCAAGAGCAGCAAAAUUCAGAAUUUGAUCUAUUUAAUAGAAAACUAUGGGAACAAUGAGCAUGUUGGUCUUCCAGUGCCAACACUUCUUCAAUCUGCGGUCAAUACCCAAGUUCAUGGUGAUUUUCAAAUCAAAUACACAAACAAUCAUUGGGAAUCGAUAUUGUACUUAAAAGCGAUGACUAAUUCUCUUAUCCGGCACUACAAAGACAAACUACUCAUAAGUACAGCCAAAGAGGACAUCCAACCCUGCACUCCAUACGACUCAACCGUGGGUUUAUUGAAAUUUAAGGAUUUCUAUGAUGAUUCCUCACGCAACAGUGGUCUAACUGUUCGUGAUGUCUUCAUAAAACAAUUAUUGCAAUUGCGAACACUCUCAUUGGAUCGAGCGAUGGCUAUUGUAAGCAAAUAUCCUACUCCCAGAAGUCUCCUGUUAGCCUACGAUUUGUGCUCCACGCAGGAUGAAGCCGAACUGUUGCUAGCUGCACUUCCUUGUGGUCAGCUGGGCAGACCACUAGGUGUUACAAUAAGUAAAAUUAUCUAUGAUUUUUAUACAAGUGCUUUUGAAUAGAUUAAGAAUUAAGUCUAAAUAAACAUUAAGAACAAGGACCGUGUGCAUUUUUUAAAUACAUUUUGUUUUGUAUAGAUCUUAAAUUCAUGUCGAUUUGAUCUCAAAUACCUGAGA